AUGAAGUGUGCUCAACGACAAGAGAUAUUAGAAUUUAUUACUAAAAUAAUUAAAGACAUUCAACUACCAAUUGUACACAAUGAUGAAGGGAUUAACUUUAAUAAACAAUUAGACGUUUUCAAAAUACUUUGUAAAAUGAAUUUUGAUAGAAAACCAUUAUAUUUUGCUCAAAAGAGUAUUCGUUAUUUAAAUGAAUUAAAAACAUUUGAAGAAAGUCUAAUUAAUAUUAUAGAAAAAAUACAUAUAAAUCGGAAUGAUGGGACAACUGAAGAAAUACCGGAUAUUACAGAAGACAAUUUAUUAGAAGAAGCUACGAAACUCAUAAAACUUCAAGCUGAAGAUCGAUCAAAGAAAUGUGGUGAUGAAAUAAUCAUUGAAAUACCAGUGGAAGAAUUAAGAGAUAUUGAAUCAUGGGAUAUACCUGGUUUUGAUGAAAAUAUGGUAAUUGAUAGACGACUAAAUGAAAUUAUUAAAGAUCCAGAUGUUAUAUUUGGAUUAAUUCCAAAUCGAAAUUAUGAACUUACACAACAGCAAUCAUUCGCUGCCACAUCUGAAGAAGAAGUAGACCAUCAAAAAAUUAAAUUAAUUGAGAAUGAAGAAUGUGAAAGUUUAGUUUGUUUUCUCAUUACUACAACUGAUAAAUUUACCAUUGAUAAACAGACUAAAAAAUCAAAAUCCGAAGUUGUACAGAAUUUAUUUAAUAAAUUAAAAUCACAACUGAAAGUAAAACUUGUUGAUGAUGCAACAGCAUCAAAUCGUUUUAUACCAAUGUGUACACAUUAUACAUUCAGUGUCAAAGAUUAUUUAGAAUCACGUUUAUCAUUUAUUGAAAAAUCAACUACAUGGUUUGAUUUGGCUGUAAAAUUGAUUACUUCUUAUCGAUUAGAUUAUUUGAUACAAUCACUGCAUAUAUUACUUGAUUAUGAUGAUUUUAAUCGAAUGAGAAAACGUUAUGAAAAACUGCAGAAUAUGUUAAAUCCUAACGGCUUGAAACGUCAGUUGUAUGAUCAAAUAGCCAUCGAAAUGGAACUUAUACAUAAGAAAAUUGUGGAGAUCGAUAUUAGUACCUUAAUAAUUGGAGAAUUUUAUGCUCAGUUAGAUUUGAAUCCCAUUGAUUCACAAAGUUUUGUGGACACAUUAGACCGUUUAAUCGUUUCUAAUCCGUAUUCAACUUCAAUUCGAUUAAAUGAUACUGCAACUGCCAAACAACUCGUUUAUUUGAUGAAAGAAAGUGAUAAUACUCUAAGAGCUGGUUGGAUUGCUUGUGUUAAUUCUAUUCAAGCAACUGAUAAUGAACAAUUACGACAGAAAAAUGAAUUAACAAAUUCUAUCUCUAAUGAUGUUUCCAUCUGUACAGAUGAGAUAAUAAAUCAAAUUGAAAGAACAAUAUAUGAAUAUUUAACGAACUCGAUCGAUGUACAAAUUGAUAAAAUUCUAAAUGCUUUUCAAAAUAAAUCAAACAUAGCAAAAGAUUGUAGUGAUGAAAAUGUUAAAGCUCUUAGUAAAUUUAUGAAAAAGCAUCGUAAAGAUAUUACAAAAUUAUAUCUUGAUAUAAUUGAUAAACAUUUCACAUAUUCAUAUUCUAAAUGUGAAAUUACAAAUGAAAAAUUAGGCAAAGCUAAUUAUGAAGUAUUUAAUAGACAAAUGACGAUAAAUAAAACUGAUAAUAUUAUUCUUAUUACUGCAAAAGAAAUUCCAUUAAAUGAUUUUAAUGUACAAGAAGUACGAUAUAUUAAAGAACUUCAACAUGAUAAUAUUGUUAAAUAUUACGGUAUUAAAAGAUGUUGUUUAAAUGAUGAUAAUUAUUAUAUUAUUAUGGAAUGCAUGGAUUGUAAUCUUUUAACAUAUCUACAUAAUAGAGUUUUAAAAAAUGAUUAUACUGUUGAAUUAAUAACAAAUAUGCUUAUUCAAAUUACAAAUGGUUUAUAUUAUUUACAUAAAUCAGAAUUUAUACAUCGUGAUAUAAAAGCUGGUAAUAUAUUAGUUAGAGAAGAAAAUAAUGAAAUAAGAACACCAAUAUUUAAAAGAGCUGAUUUUGGUUUUGUACAUCAACAACCAAUUACAAUUGGUAUUGGUACCAAUGAUUAUAUGGCACCGGAAUUAUAUCCGCAUAGUAAUAUGGGACUAACUACAUCAAAAUCUGAUAUAUAUUCAUUUGGUAGACUGAUUGAUUUAGUUUUAAACAUAUUUCCUACCAUUGUUCAUUAUAAUAUAAUUGAAAGGAAAUCUCUAAAAAAUGUGUACAACAACAACCAGAUAAACGUCCUAGUUAUGAAGAAAUAUUAA